UGUAGGCGAAACCGUUAACCCGCGAAGAGCAGAGGUACCGUCAUCCGCCAUGGUCGUGCAGAGAAGCAGAAGAAUGAGGAACUGAGAGGAAAGUAGCAAGAACGAACUAACCUACUUAUACAAGCUAAUAUUGAAGCCCUCAAAUUCUUGUUCAGGUGUUGUAAUGGCAACGAAGGUGUUUUUGUUACCCAAGUAUGCAAGGGAUACUAAACUUCUGCCUCAAAUGUGCUUAAGAUCUAGAUUUCUAGUAGUCACUGGUCUUCGCAGGAAUGCCUUUACUUUCAGUUGGAAACUCUGUCCUCAACUUUGUAACUUUCAUGCCUCUUUACCUUAUUUAGUCAACAAUACCGAGAGGUUGGUCUGGUCUGUGAGGAGCAAUAUGGGUGGUGGUGGCAGAUCGGAACCGCCUGAUAGUAGCACCAAUGGUGGGACCCGACUAGCUAGAACGAUUCAAGAUUUCCAAACCAAAUUAUAUGCAAGAAUUCAGGAAUUGAAGAAAGGGUUUCCAAUGAAGAUAUUAUUUUUUCUGCUGGGGUUCUAUUGUGCAACUGCCUUUGCAACUGUUACAGGGCAAACAGGUGAUUGGGACAUUCUAUCUGCUGGCUUGGCAGUGGUGGUUGUGGAGGGGAUUGGAGCCCUGAUGUAUAGGGCUUCUUUUCCUUUCCUUGAAAAUAUUAGGAGCCUAAUCACAGCGUUUAAUUAUUGGAAGGCUGGGCUUUCUUUGGGUCUUUUCUUGGAUGCAUUUAAAUAUGAAGUGGAUAUUAUCAUUCUUGGAUUAUGUAAUCCCUUCAAUUUUGAUAUAGAUGUGCCCCCCAUAUUCUGGUGACAACGAUCCAUUUCUUUGAAAGUUGUUGAUGCAUGUCUUUCUAAGUUUAGGCAUUGUAGUUUUUGGGCUUGUUGAUAAUUGAUAUUUGUUUUAGGCC